CGACUCCGGUUCGUCCAAAGGAGCACUGCAUACAGAAAAGCCUAGAGAGCGAGAGAGAUGAAAAGAGACGCCUGUUUCGUGUUCCAGUUUCCAGAUGCUUUUACUGAAGAAAACCCCCUCUCCCCCCUCCCAUCCCUUUUUCAGAAAAUUCCAUCUCUCUCCCUCUUUCACCAAGUCCUCAAUUUUUCCUCGAGAGAGAGAAAUGGGUUCUCUUUUUGCUCCUCUUCCCGACGAGUUGACGACCACGAUCCUUGCACUAUUGCCCGUGGAUCACUUAUUCAGGCUCAAGAGAGUGAAUAAAUUAUGGGAAGAACUGCUCUCCUCUUUCUAUUUCGUAAUGGCCUUGUUUGCUGCCUGGUCAAAAGCCCUCGUGGAAAAUUGAGCUUGAAUUUGGGAAAUCCUUUAUCCCCGAGAAGAAUGGCCACUCCCCCAAAGCUUAACCAGAGAGUGGCCACUCCCCCAUAUCUUAAACAGAGAAAAAUGGUCACUCUCCCAAAGCAUUAUUUGGAACUAGUGAGUUUUGGGUUUCAUUUCAACCCCAUUAGAAAGAAUUUCAUGAUUUUAGCAAAUUUUGAAUAUCCACGUGAUGAAACUGCUUUUUGGGUAUUCGAUUCGGUGUUUGGAAGCUGGAGGUUGCUUGAAAAUCAGCCUGAAAUUCAAUAUAAAAACUGGAAGAUAUCGGAUUGUGUUGAGAACAAGUUCUAUGUAUUUUGUCCAAUUAUGUGCUAUCUAGAAAUCUUUGAUGUGGAAAGGGAAGAAUGGGUUGGUAAGUAUCUUCCAAAUCUCGAUAAGCUAACCCCAAUAAUGCAAGAGUGGAAUGGUAAGCUUUCUCUAGCACAUGUAACUGGAGAUUUGCAGGCCCAUAUUUGGGUUUUAGAUGAAGCCAAAGAUUGGGUGGAGGUGUUCAGACAAGAUUUGGGGGAAAUGGGGCUUAAAGAUCAAGCUAUAUAUGCAAGAUUCUUGCUUGGGGGAACAUUCUUUCUAAGUGGGAAUGAUAAGUAUGUGACAAUUGAUGUAGAGACUGGAUGCUCAAAAGUGAUUCCAGAUCAUCGUGCCGGGCUUGAUUUCAACUUUGUAAGGUACCAACCCACUCUUUGCACUUUCAAGAAGCCGAGCCGGAGAAGAAAGUUGAAGAACAAAGAGAAAACACACUAGUGGUGGAUUUUCAUUUGUGCUAUCUUCUUGUACAUAGUUUUUCCCUUGUGCUCUCUGUUUUGUUCUGGUUCAUGGUAUUUUCUUUUUUUUUUCUUUGCUUUAUUUCUAUGAUAUUGGCCUUUGGGUAAGGCCAUAAAAGGAAAGGACCAGCAAGCCUGGGCAAUGCUGAGUUUACUAAAGAUUGAAAGAAAAAUGUAUGUUGGAUAUCAGUUCAGAAUUAUUAAUGUAGACAUAACAACAUAAAUAAAAUUUCAUCAACUGUUACAGUACUCUGUAAUAUGUCAAAUGGUGUCACAGUGAAGAUUAUGGCAAUCUUUAUGGGACAAGAUUAGCAUUCAAUAUUAUAAAUCGAUUGAAAAUA